AUGGCUUCUUUUGAAAUCAACGCAGACAUGAUAACUGAGAUUCUUUCUCAUUCUCAUGUUUCCGUGAUCGAAAAAUCUAGACUCUUGAACAAAGAGUUCAACGAGAGAACUCAUAGCUCUUCUUUUCUAAAACUCAAACUCCAAAACACCAAUUCUGUUUCCGGUUACUUCCUGGAGUACAACAGGUGCUUAAAAGCUCACUCCACUAUUAUCAGAAACCAAGAAAACAUUCCUCACAAAUCCGAGAUCUCUCUCGAUUUCCUACCACGAGGAAGAGUAAACGUCAAAGCUUGUGACGCAAGUCACAGGAUUCUGUUGUGUGUCAAUGAUUUACCGUUCAGAGGAAGACAGCCGGAGUACAUGAUCUGCAAACCCACAACAAAGCAGUACAUGAUCAUACCGAAACCAAAAACCCGGUAUUUCACAAUCGCCCUCGGUUUGGUGGUGACCGGAGCUGAUCCUCUCCGGUAUAAAAUCAUUAGGCUCUCACAUUUGCCUUCCAAGGAGAACAGGAGGUACAACUUCAAUUUUACUCUCCUUUGCGAAGUUUUCGAUUCGGAUUCGUUUGCAUGGAAGCGACUAUCAAAGAACGUGGAGCUACCGGCAGAAGACAUACCAGGUGUAAGAAUGUCUGAACCGGUUGCUGCUUACGGGUUCUUGCAUUGGUUAACGGCCAACAACAACGUGUUACGGUUUUGUCUGAAAACCGAAACCUGGUCGUUUCUCACGGUUCCUGAGAAUCUAGCGAGCGAUAGGUCUCUGAAACUGACAAGAUACAAAGGGAAGCUAGGGUUUUUCAGAUCAAGAUCCAAGGAAGGAGAGGAUUAUCAGGAGAUAUGGGUUUUAGAGAGCAGUUUGGGAAAUUCUUGGGUGAAAGUGAAAAAGAUUAAAAGUAUGGGGCUCGAACCUAUUGGGUUCUUGAGCAACGACGUCGUAACGCUGGCUGGCAAGGAUAAAAAGUUCUUGUACAAUUACAAUAUGAACAACGGCAAGUCUCGGAAGUUACAAAUUAGGUCUCCAGGAUUUUCUCCUAAUAUGGAUGCGAGCUUGAGUUAUUUCCAUCUCUGUUCUGACUUCAAGAGAGUUGAAUUUGGCGGGAGAUCCAACGGCUAUCAACAAGACAAGUCACUUCGCUUUGAGUAUGAAAUAAAAAAAUGA